CUGCUUUGCCAGCACCACCCACCCGCCCGCGAAGCAUUCAUUCACCACCCCCCGACCAGCAGAUAGCAUCACACGUUGCACACCUACGCAGGCCGGAACGAGACAGUGUUGGAACCCUCCUUGCUCUCCGCCCAACAACCGCUUACCCACCAGCAUCAUGCCCACCAAGAUCUGCUGCAUCGGCGCCGGCUACGUCGGCGGCCCGACAUGCUCUGUGAUUGCCCUCAAGGGCGGCGACAACGUCAAGGUGACGGUUGUUGACAUCAACCAGGAGCGCAUCGACGCUUGGAACUCCGAUGAGCUCCCUAUCUAUGAGCCUGGCCUCGAUGAGGUGGUCAAGCAAUGCCGUGGCAAGAACCUCUUCUUCAGCACGGACGUGGUGAGCGCCGUGAAGGAGGCUGAGCUCAUCUUCGUCUCCGUCAACACCCCCACAAAGUCCUACGGUAUCGGCAAGGGCUGCGCUGCAGACGUGCGCUACGUCGAGUCGUGCGCGCGCACCAUCGCCGAGCACUCUGAGUCGUCGAAGAUUGUGAUUGAGAAGUCGACCGUCCCUGCGCGCACUGCGGAGACGCUGCAGAAGAUCCUGCAGGCCAACUGCCGCGACGGCAUCACCUUUGACAUCCUCUCCAACCCGGAGUUCCUUGCCGAGGGCACGGCCAUCAAGGACCUGUUUGAGCCCGACCGCGUGCUCAUUGGCGGCGAGCAGUCUGAGCGCGGCCAGGCGGCCAUUGAGAAGCUGACGGAGGUGUACGCGUACUGGGUCCCGCGUGAGCGCAUCCUGCACACUAACACGUGGUCCUCUGAGCUGUCCAAGCUUGCUGCCAACGCCUUCCUUGCCCAGCGCAUCUCCAGUAUCAACGCCAUGAGCGCCAUCUGCGAGUCGACCGGCGCAGACGUGUCGGAGGUUGCGCGGGCCAUUGGCAUGGACUCUCGCCUCGGUUCCAAGUUCCUCCGCGCCAGCGUUGGCUUUGGCGGCAGCUGCUUCCAGAAGGACAUCCUCAACCUGGUGUACCUUGCCGAGUCGCUGAACCUGCCGGAGGUUGCCGACUACUGGCGCCAGGUGGUGACGCUCAACGACUACCAGGAGCGCCGCUUCUCCCGCCGCAUCAUCCGCUGCCUCUUCAACACCGUCUCCACCAAGAAGAUUUGCCUCCUUGGCUUUGCCUUCAAGAAGGACACCGGUGACACCAGGGAAUCUGCUGCCAUCUACAUUGCGCAGCACCUGAUGGACGAGGGUGCCAACAUCUCCGUGUACGACCCAAAGGUCAAGCAUGCGCAGAUUGUGCACGAUCUCAAGUCUGUCUCCCGCGACGACCCAGCGCGCGUCGAGCGCCUUGUGUCCAUCGAAACAGACCCGUACGCCGCCAUGUCUGGCGCCCACGCCAUUGUUGUCCUCACUGAGUGGGACGAGUUUGUCGAUUACGACUACAAGAAGGUGUACGAGACGCUGCCCAAGCCGGCGUACAUCUUUGACGGUCGCCUGAUCCUCGACCACAGCAAGCUCAAGUCCAUCGGCUUCAACGUGGAAGUCAUCGGCAAGUCCGUCUGAAGGGCGACGAUAAGAGACACCUGGCACAUGCUCAGUUGGCCAGUGAAUUGGUUGCCAAAGCACGGCCGUGGUGGGCCUCCUCUGCUCGUUGUGUGUUGUUGAUACUUGGGUAUGUGUGUUGGUUUGAUGACGCCACGAGGUGGCUCGUACUUGCUGCUUGUUUCUUCUUGCCUUGCUCCGUGUUGGGUGCUGCUGAACUGUGUCGUCUUGCGGCAGCGCAGUGUUGUGCUCGCUCUCUCGCUUGCUAGUCGUUCAUUCCUGUGUUUGUGAGUGAGUGUGGCUGUGUGGCUGUGUGGCUGUCUGUCUGUGGUUUUGCGCCCUCCCCUCCCCCCUCUACCGUGGCACGCCACGUCUGAGUAAUCAUAAAUUGGUCGCAUCUGUGCA